AAAGCCGGGAGGGCAAAAAAGAGAGCAGGCAGGCAGCAGGCAGGCGGGCGGGCCGAAGGCACUGAGGAGGGAGUGAACGAGCAGUGAGUGAGCCAACGAGGGCAGCAGUGUCCCGAAGACAGCCGAGAUUCCUCCCGCCCCUCUGGCCCCCACCCCGGAGCCCACAACGCCUCCGGUCUCCAGCGGAGUGGACACGGCCCGGCCCGGCCAUGGCCUCGUUGCUGAAGGUGGAUCAGGAAGUGAAGCUCAAGGUUGAUUCUUUCAGGGAGAGGAUCACAAGCGAGGCAGAAGAUUUGGUGGCAAAUUUUUUUCCAAAGAAGUUGUUAGAACUUGAUAGUUUUUUGAAGGAACCGAUCUUAAACAUCCAUGACCUAACUCAGAUCCACUCAGACAUGAAUCUCCCGGUCCCUGAUCCCAUUCUUCUCACCAAUAGCCAUGAUGGACUGGAUGGUCCCACUUAUAAGAAGCGAAGGUUGGAUGAGUGUGAAGAAGCCUUCCAAGGAACCAAGGUGUUUGUGAUGCCCAAUGGGAUGCUGAAAAGCAACCAGCAGCUGGUGGACAUUAUUGAGAAAGUGAAACCGGAGAUCCGGCUGCUGAUCGAGAAAUGCAACACGGUCAAAAUGUGGGUACAACUCCUGAUUCCCAGGAUAGAAGAUGGGAACAACUUUGGUGUAUCUAUUCAGGAAGAGACAGUUGCAGAACUAAGGACAGUGGAGAGUGAAGCUGCAUCUUACCUGGACCAGAUUUCUAGAUAUUAUAUUACAAGAGCCAAAUUGGUUUCUAAAAUAGCUAAAUACCCCCAUGUGGAGGACUAUCGUCGCACAGUGACAGAGAUUGAUGAGAAAGAGUAUAUCAGUCUUCGGCUCAUCAUAUCAGAGCUAAGGAAUCAAUAUGUCACUCUACAUGACAUGAUACUGAAAAAUAUCGAGAAGAUCAAACGGCCCCGGAGCAGCAAUGCAGAGACACUGUACUGAGACCAGGGCCAGGGCCAGGGGACUCUGUGAGUCUGGCUCAAGACCGACAUUGCCUUGGUUUGUUACAUGACUAUCGUGAUGGGGAAACUGGCUGGAAAUCGUAAUCACACUGCUCUCUGUUUUUAGUUCGAGUCUAAUGAAGCUCUCAUCUAGUUCUGU